GGUAGCCUGAGUUACACUUUUUGAAUUUAUUUGGAAAUGACUGCGGUGGCCGCCGUGGACCUGGCCCUCCCUCCGGCCGGGCUGGAGCACGAGUACCACGCCCUCCUGACCCGGGACGCCGUGCGCUUCCUAGCCGAGUUGGUCUCCACUUUCGAUCGGGACGUGGAUAAGAUCCUGCAACAGCGAAUUGCUCGGAAAGUUCAGUUGGACCUAACCAAUGGCCUUCCAGACUUCUCCCCUCAUACCUCUCACAUUCGCCAGGAUAAAACCUGGAAAGUGUUGCCCGUUCCUAGGAGACUGCAAAACCGGCAGGUGGACAUUGGCGACACGGCCCCCUGCCAAACGGAGCGAUUCCUCAGGGCCUUGGGCUCCCCGGCUCAGGGCAUCCAGGUUGAUUUUGAUGAUGGCAAUUGUCCAACUUUCUUUAAUCAAAUUAAAGGCAUCUAUAACAUCUUCCAAGCAGUUCACCAUAAAUUUCCAGGAGUUCCACCUAUAAACAAAGCACCCGUUCUAAUGCUUAGACCAAGAGCCUGGAACAUGGUGGAGCACAAUAUGAUGGUGAAUGGAAAGCAGGUUCCUGGAACUCUGUUUGAUUAUGGUCUGCUGAUGUUUCACUUUGGGAAGAUCUUGUAUGAGAAUGAAAGUGGACCCUUCUUUUAUCUUUCAAAGGUAGAGAGUUAUGAAGAAGCCACGUUAUGGAAUAACAUAUUUAUCUGGACCCAGGAAAAGCUCAGUAUGCCCAUUGGUACCAUCAAGGCCACCGUGCUCAUAGAAAGCAUUCUCGCCUCGUUUGAGAUGGAGGAGAUUCUAUAUGCACUGAGGGAACACUCUGCCGGCCUGAACUGUGGCAUCUGGGAUUAUUCUGCCUCUUUUGUGGCCAAAUUUGGCCAUCGAGCCGAAUUCUUGUUGCCAGACCGGAGCAAGUAUGUUAACAUGGAGAAGCUUUUCCUGAAGAGUUACAUGGAUUUGCUGGUGCAGACGUGUCACCGGCGGGGGGCUCUGGCCACCGGGGGGAUGGCGGCCUUGUUACUGCCGGAGGACCCCCAAAGCCACGGCCGCCCAUCGGUCCUGGCAGCUGUGAAACGGCUCAAAUUGUUUGAAAUUAAGGCUGGAGUGGAUGGAUUUAUGGUGUAUGAUAUUGGCUUGGUGGAACCAAUGCAGAAGCUCUUCCGGGAGCACGCGAGAGGCGUCAAUCAGCUCCAUGUCAUUCCCGAAGGCGUGAACGUGACGGCCACGCAGCUGCUCACCAUGCCUGCGGGAGGAGUUACUCUCCAUGGCCUGAAGUAUAACAUUGCUGUUGGAGUGCUCUUCAUAUAUUCUUGGCUGAAAGGAGAAGGUCAUUUUUAUUAUCGUGGUCAAGUUGAAGAUUCAGCGACAGCAGAGAUCUCCAGGUCACAGGUAUGGCAAUGGAUCCGUCAUCAAGCUAGAUUAGAAGAUGAUGAGAGAAUGGUGGUGUCAAGGAGUCUCGUUCACAACUUAGUCAAGGAAGUGAAGAAUGAACUACAAGAUGGUUACUGUGUAUCUGAAAGAGCAAAACAGCUGCUGCACACUGCAACUGAAAUAUUCCUGGAAAUUGUUCAGAAAAAAGAUUUCCCUGAAUUCAUCACAACCUACUUAAACCUGGACCAUACUUUUCUGGUAUCAUCUUCCUACAACCAUAGCUUUCAUUCCACAGCUGUAGUUGCUAUUCAUAGUACAGCCCAAACCAAAUCUAGGCUGUGAAGAACCAGUGCUUGACAGAGCCAGCAAGUCACCACUGACACAGGAAUUCUACUUCACUGGUUAUUUGAAACACAACAUAUUAAAAUGUUUGAGUCGCCUAUGACAAAAUAAAAUCAAGUCAAGCCCCUGUGUUCUCUUGAAUUGUAGGGUUGGGUUUUUGUUGUUUUUUUAAAGAUUAAGUGAGACAUUUGGCUGAAUGUAAAGGAAAAAGGAAAACAAUCAGUACUCUCUCUAAUGUCCAUGUAGGUUAAAUUGACUUGGA